AUGGUUUCCGGCUUCCUUGCUUCUCCCUCGUGCCUCCUCUGGGGGGGCCUCUUGUGCCUUUUCUGCGGGCUGCAGACGGCGCGAUGCCACAUGAGUGAUCCCGAGGAUUCUCGGUGGACGAAUGUUGCUGCGACGCUCACAGACCCUUCAUACGAGCUGGCGGCCUCUUAUGAUAAUUCUGCUGCCUCUAUCCCCUCCUGGGACUCUCUACCCGGGGUCCCCAGCGAGCAGGAGGAUCAGGAGCAGCAGCAGUUCGAUGGGGCUGCUGCAGGUGCUGGUGGGCGCGGCGGGAACGGGCGACGCGUGAAGGCGAAGGUGGGGGCAUCGAUGCUGAUGCUGCUGGUGACAGCGGGUAUCUUAUCGGGGCUGCAUGCAGGGGGUAAGCUGCUGCGUGCUGGUGGGCGUGUGGUUCCCCCCAAGCCAGAGCGCUGCAGCAGCUGCUUCAGGGAUUUUGAUAAACUUGUUGCUGCAGCACAGAGUCUUUCAGAUAGCCUGAGAGACGAUGAGGUGGCAUCGCAGGUCUCUUCGUCGCUGCUGGGCCACGCGCUUGCUCUGCAGGCCGCCGAGGCUGACGGUAUGUUGCAUGAGCCGUGUUUCAUACCUUGGAGGGGUUCACGUGCUGCUGCAGUAGCAGCAGCAGCAGCAGCAGCAGCAGCAGAAGCAGCAGAAGCAGCAGAAGCAGCAGAAGCAGAAGCAGGAACAGGUGGAUCGGGUAGAUCAGGUGUAAGAAUAGAGGGUUCAGAUAUAUCUACAGCAGCAGGUCAUCAUUGGGGUUCUAUAUUAUCCUUAACACGUGAGCUGCAGCAUUUGUUUCUUUCUCGUUUGCGUUUUCUGCAUAGAGAGGCUGGUUUUCUCUCUCAUAGUACAGCGUUUCGUGCGUCAAGUGUAAGCGCAAUGGCUGCAGCAGUGGAGACAGAAGCUCUCAGAGUAGAAGCAGCACUAACAGACCAAAUGGCCCGCGCAGCUAAGUGGGACUAUCAUAUGUUAAACUCUAUGCUGCAGGGGGGGGAGCGGCUGACGGAGGCGAUCCCCCGGGACCCCACAGAAGCAGCAAGACUACUAAACUCUCUGGCGCGGCGUGCUGCUAGUGCUGAGGCUGUGUUCUCUCGUGUGAAGGCUGGGUAUGAACAGGUGGCUAGGUGGGAGGAGAUAUCUAGGCCUAUGCAGCUAGCUGAGUAUAGUUUAGAGGGGUUAGAGCUGCUGCAUAAGCUGCAGCAGCUAGCUGGAGACGCAGAGUAUAAAGCACAAGUCGAAGCAAACACAAAAAAUAUAUUUGUAUGGAGAGAAGCGGCAAAGCGUGUGCAGCAGGCAAAGGCCCAGGCUGAGCUCAUACUAAAAUUUAUUGAGGGAGAGAGAAGACCUGUGAGGGCUCUGGCGUACAUACACCGCAUGCGUCAUUUCUGCCGCAGCGCGGAGCUAGCAGCAGCAGACGCCACGAAAGAAGAAAAAGAAACACAAGAACAAACCCCACCACCAGCACCAGCAGCAGCAGCAGCAGCAGGAGCAGCAGGAGCAGCAGCAGCAGCAGGAGGAGCAGCAGGAGGAGCAGCAGGAGGAGAUACAGAGAAAGAAGGAAAGACAGAGGAGCAGCUGAAGCUGCCUAUUGAGGCUCUCCGUGCGCGAGCCCAAGAAGAAGCAGCAACAGCAGCAAAGCAAGCAGAGCUGGUUUCUCUGUUAUUAAAUAGACUCGAAGAGAUAGAGGAAGCAGCAACAAACAGAGCAGAGGGGCAGCACCACUACCAGCUGGGUAGAGCUGCUGCUGUAGCUCACCAGCUAGCUAGACUAACAGCUAACGCAGCAAGAGCAACACAGUCAGCAGCAGAAGCAGUUGAAGGUUGUGGUUUCUAUGCUGCUGCAGCAGCAGGACUGAGGAGAGCAGAAGAGCUGAGGAGAGAAGUCUAUGAGUCUGCAUUUGCUGCUAUUCGUUCUGUAUCCAACAGCGGGGCUUGGUUUCAGCUCGACACAGCAGUAAACAACGCUCUUAUAAAACUACAAGAAGGGGUAGAGGCUCUGGCCCUCACGCGCCCCCCACAGCAGCAGCAGCAGCAGCAGCAGCAGCAGCAGCAGCAGCAGCAUAGGAGAGCCAUGCAGCUGAUGAGAGAUGGAAACGCUAACCUCACCAGAAGAAGAUAUAAAACAACAGCACAGCUAGCUGCUGCAGGCAGACACGCCGUAGCCCUCAUCGGGCUGGCUAGGCGUGUAGAGCAGCUCAGACUCCUAGAUGAAACAAGAAACGGGGUAAAUACAAAAGAAACACCAGCAGCAGCAGCAGCAGCAGCAGCAGCAGCAGCAGGAGCAGCAGCAGGAGAGGGAGGAGAUAGAGGGGGAGAUAGAGGGGGAGAGAGAGGAGGGGAUAGACCGAGGGCCUCGGGGUAG